GCCUUUAUAGAGCCUGGCUCCUGGCGUGCUGCUGCUUGUGGCACUCCCCAGAGCUAGCAUGUCCUCCAUCCCCCAGGCCGCCUUCGUAGGCAUGCUCCUCUUCUUCCUGUGCCCUGGGCACCGAACAGCCCGGCAGACCCAGGCAGUCCAUGUGCCUACGAGGUGCACGUGCUUGAAGUUCCAAGAGAAGGUUGACCCCAGAAUCAUAAGGGAUUUCCAGAUCAUUGAGAAGGGAGCCCACUGCCACCGCCAUGAGAUCAUAUUAACUGUGAGGCUCUGGGGAGCCCAGAGAGAAACGUGCCUCGACUCAUCCAAGAGGCAAGGGAAGAAUCUGCUGCACUGCUGGAAGAGAAACCUGAAGGACCACAGGAAGCAGCACCACUGCAUGACAAGAGGGCAGCGACGCAGGACCAGGCCAAAGCAGUGAGCACGAUGCACAGGCAAGGCCAGGCUCUGGGCUCCAGGGGCAGGCCUCCCACGGCUCCCCCUGCACGGGGACUAGCUGUGGCCACGCAAGAUGAAGCAUGAGAGAGACAAGCUUUUUAGCUACACUCAGCUCUUCUCCAGGUGUGGAGAGUGGUGUCUUACAAUGUAAAGCCCUUAUGAGGCACAGUCUGUCCCACCUUGGUUUCCUUCCCCAGACGUGAGGAGAGAGCUCUGUGAAGCUUGACAGCUUGUUCCUCCUCCCCCCCCACCAGAUAAU